AUGGCGAAAUGGGUGGUAGGAGACGGCGCAACGGCCACUCCGAAAUACGGAAAACUUUCUGAGAAGAUUCGUCACACAAUGGCGGGUUCUUACCAAUGCAAACUUUUCUGCGGCGGUGCCAACUGCAAGUACGAAUCGUCCUUUCGUUGGAGAAAGGAGGACAUGGCGAUUGACGGCAUCUUCUCUCACUGGGUUACUGAUCAGAUCCUUGCUAUGGCGAGACCCAACACAAUAUUGAUGUCGAAGUAUAAUUUGAUUCAAAAGUUUCAAGUCCACGGCAUCAAGUCGAUUGUUAAUCUUCAAGAAGUAAAUGAACACGCCAGCUGUGGACCUCCUUUGCAUCGUUCUGGAUUCAGCUAUGACCCACAGCAGUUCAUGGAUGCUGACAUAUUUUUCUACAAUUUUGGAUGGAGGGAUUAUGGUGUUCCUACUAUGAACUGUGUGUUUGAUAUGGUCAAGGUUGUUGAUUUUGCUCUUCAGGAAGGCAAAGUGGCAGUUCAUUGUCAUGCUGGCUUGGGGCGAACGGGUGUGGUGAUUGCUUGCUAUCUUGUCUAUGCGUAUCGUAUGGCACCCGAUGACGCAAUUCUUCGUGUCAGAUCUAAAAGACCAAAUGCAUGCCAAACACGUGGUCAGAUGGAGAUCGUGCGAUUAUUUGCUGAGCACAUUCGCCCUAUGCGGGUGGUCUUUCCAACCAGUACUCGGAUGUCAGAUCGAUUCACACUUGCCCAAUACUUAAAACGACAGAGAGCCAUUUUACAUGGUAUGGAAGCUCGAGACUACAGACGUAUUCCGAAGGUAGUCAAAGUGCUUUGCAAGGAAUUGAUCAAAUUGAGCAAACGAGAAAGGAAACAAAAAUUGUCUGACUGGACAGGAGUGACUGUAGGUACUGACGUUUCUAAUCUUUCAUCACGAAGUACAUCUAGUGCAAGUCUUGGCUCCAAUUUGGGCAAAGUUUUGCCUCCUAUUGAUCUAUCUGGUGCUGGUAAUGAUUUGAGCUGUAUUUCUUCAUCAGAAAACAGUCCUACUAGUGAAAGGCAUUCUCAGUGUUUGCCUCAGUCGAAGGGCUAUUACAAAACACUUAGCUAUUCAGCGUUACCUGAAGAAGUUGACCUUGCACAUGUGCAGACAAGUCGUCCAGAGGUGGUCGGCUGUACAGUUGAUGAUUUGGCUGUACGUAAUAGUUACAAGAGCGAAAUGUCAAGACAUAAGAGGCGGUUCUCGGCGGCUCCUUUUCCAGCCUAUGGAAGGACAACAUUAGAAGUUCACAAUUCUCUGACGAUGUCUCCCACACAUUAUCAUGUGACCAAUGAUUUCUUACUUUCUGAAGCAACUGAAGCUGAGUCUUGUCAAUUGUCUUCUGUUGGGACUUCAUCGUUGGUACCUUCUAUGGACACUUGCGGUUUAGAGGAGAAAGACAGUAGAAUGAGGGAAAUUUCGUUUAACUAUCAGGUAAAUGAUGAAACAGUGGACGACAAUGUAUUUGAUGCAACAAAAGAAGUUGCUGAUGGAAAGAGCUUGUACAUGACUGUUACGGAGGCAUUGUUGCUUCGGAAUGUUGACAAGGGUGUUCUUAAGAAGGCUGAGGAAUUAAUGCAAAAAGUUAACACAAGUACAAACUGGAAUUGCAUUUAUUGUGAACAUGAUCCACGUGUAUUGGCAUUGAUGCUGAAAACGUGGCUCGGCUUGCUGUCGGAACCACUGAUUUCCACAGAGACUGUAGACAAAGUUGAGAUGCUGCUCGCAGAUGGUGAUAUCAGUUGCAAGAAAUUAUUGUGUGCGUUGAGCAAGCCUCAAGAGUUGUUAAUGCACUCACUUUGUGAAUUGCUAGCAAAGAUAGUAGACACACCUACAGUCGAAUUGAACAAACUCGUGAAAGUAUUUGCCAAGCUGCUCCUCACUGUUGAAAAGGACACCGAAGUUAGUGACGAGCUUGUGGAAGACUUAGAAGGAAGGCAGGGAGCGGUGAAGUCAUUCUUUACAAAAGCAAGUCGAUUUCUUCGACGAGAAAGCAGUUUAUUACGUGAACCGGAUAUACAAGUUGACACUAAGCAGGACACUAGAUUGUCAUCUAUUGAUGUAAUGGUGCGAUUCUUAACAAAAGUAGUGGAUGAGAAAUUGGACAUUCCAAGUGUGGCAUGUGAAGUAAAGUGUGUUGUAACGCCAUCACCACGACUACCAAGUGAUCGUCCACAUUCAGUGUCUAAGCUGCUCAAACAGUCGGCGUCUGCUAGUUGUCUGACGACUCUCAACAUGGAAUCAGAAUCUGCAAGUAUUAAACGUGUUGCAUCUUGGUCAUCUUUGGCGGGGAAGAAACCUUUGCCUCCUAUUGGAGAGACAUCAAGUUGUGUUGGUACCGACCAGGACUGAUGACAUUAUGGACAUAGAGACAUGUAGAUCUGUUUCAGAAGUUAGGUUUAAGUCAGUCAAUGAUCACAACGAUUGUUGGCAUUGAAUCUGUCUUUCAGUAAAUUUUUAAAUUUAUUUUAUAUCUAGUUAUAUAU